AAGCUAUAACCAUGAAAACAGAACUCAAGUACAUCAUUUUUAAAUUUUGUGGUGUACUAUUUAAUCGGUCAACAAUUCUACUUCUAAAAUUUAAAACAAGGAACCAAAGCAAACCCUAAAAGAGAUACUAAAAAACCACAAACCCUAGAAGUGAAAAUAAAUUUAAAAAUGAAAACAACAGUGUAAGCAGAGUAACAUCACAAUCAAGGUAGCUAGCUAAUUCUCACUAUUAGUUGGCUUCACGAUCCAAGAAGUGCACACCGAUCAUUUCAUCCAUGGAUACGGAAGCAGAAGGAGAUGAUGCAACCACUGAUCAAAACGCCAUGUCCAACAGCAGUACCGACUCCAUGAAUAUUGGAAGUUCUUCAUCUUCUUCUGCUGCUGCUCCUGCUUCUUCAAACCGAUAUGAAAAUCAAAAGCGUCGUGACUGGAACACUUUCGGACAAUACCUAAGGAAUCACAGACCUCCACUUUCCCUAUCUAGAUGCAGUGGUGCUCAUGUUCUAGAAUUCCUUCGGUAUCUGGAUCAAUUUGGUAAAACUAAAGUUCAUAUUCAGAUCUGCCCUUUCUUUGGUCAACCAAAUCCACCAGCUCCAUGUCCUUGUCCACUUCGCCAAGCUUGGGGUAGUCUUGAUGCACUCAUCGGUCGACUUAGGGCUGCAUUUGAAGAACAUGGAGGUAAGCCUGAAGCUAAUCCAUUUGGUGCUCGAGCUGUUAGACUUUUCUUACGUGAAGUUCGUGAGUUUCAAGCUAAAUCUAGAGGUAUUAGUUAUGAGAAGAAGAAAAGAAAUAAGAACAAAUUGCCACAGCAACAGGAAACUUCAACAUCAUCACAGUUGUCUUUACCACCUCCUGAUGCUAUCUAGUUCAUCAAUCUCCACUGCUGAGAGUGGUUUCUACUUUCUACAGUAUAUUUAAGGGAUCUAAUCUCUUUAUCUUAGUUACUUAAUUAUUUUUAGCCAGCUAUUCUCCGAGUCCAUAGUUUAAGCUUCAGAAUUCAAAGUCCUUAAGCAUGAAUAUUGUUGAAACCCUAUGAAGAACUCUUAUUUCUUAUUUUCUUUCUUCUUUUUUAUGUUUUUGUUAAAACCCUAAAAUGGUUACUUUUUUCCUUUUGAUGCGAACAGUAGCAGUUAGAGUAGAGUUAAAUAGUGGUAGUAGUGGUUAAAGUAGGAUUUCAAGUAGCAGUUAGUAAGAAUGUACUAAAUUGUAGUAGCAGUAGCAGUAGUUGUGGUUCAUCACUGUGAGUAUCCAAUGGAUAGCUCAUAGAUCUGUACCUUUUUUUCAAAUAUGAAUACCAUUUGCAGAUAUGAUGAUCAUUUCUUCUUUCUGUUUUCCUUGUAUUAUUUUAUUGUAAUGGUCAAAGCAUUUCAUAUA